ACACCCCUUUCGAAAAGGACAUGCGCAUCCUGGCGAGAAACAUUUGUUGCUACAAACACAUGAUAUCCUUGCAAUCACGUCAAUCUGUUUCCGUACGUCCUGUCAUUCGCAUUCUAGGAAAAAGUAUCACUAGUUAAUCCGAUUACCAUAGAUAACAUCUCAUUGAAUUCUAAUAAUUGCUGUGAAAAGUAGAAGCUAAGUAGAGUUUAUUCGAUUCAUUCAGUACCUUAGUAGCGGUUACCCAAUUCCGCACUCGCUAAUCAACCAAUGACCAAUGGCCAAGAUCAGAAAUGUGUUCAAAAAACAUCUCAUUCCGAACCUGGAGAGCAAGUGUCGACUGUGCCUCUCGGACAAGGCGAUUGUCCAGUCUAUCUUCGAAUGCGACAGCAAGGAAACGACCGAUACCCUCGUGGAUAAAAUUUUCGAGUGCACUGCAAUUAUGCUUUCCAAGGAUUUUGACUUUCCGUCGCCCAUUUGCGAGGAUUGCGCGCUCAAGUUGGACGAAUUUCUACUGUUCAGAGCAAAGUGUUUGCGUAGCAACGAGAUUUAUAGGUUCAACAAGUUGCACAAAUCAAGACUUUUCAGCGGAGGCGGUGGACUGAAACCGCCGAGUAGUACCAAUGGCAAUGAUCCGACGGCGAAUCAGGACGAUCACAUGGAUCGAAAACCUCCCGACAACGAAGACGACGAGCAAUCAGUAGAACCCAAGGAGGACCAAGCGGAAAAAGAUGUGAUAGUCACUAGCAGUAGCAGUGAUGGAGGUAACGUUACUGUGAUUAGUAACACUGAACUGCCAGGGAGUUUGUGCAUUCCCGUUAAAGACGUUGAAGGCGAUCGGCCAGCCGAAUUGAAUGGAAACCACCCGGAGAGUGGUGAUACUGACGGUGGCAAAUCAACGGAUAUAUCGGUUGUAGACGACACGGAAGCUACCACAAUGAGUGAACCGCUGCCGGCAAAGAUUUUACGUAGUCCCAAAAUGAUAACGAACGCUAUUGAGGGUAUGCGGUUUCCGCUGGAAACGGUGGAAGAGCUAGACUGCCUAGAACGUCGCAUCCGGACGUGUACCGUCACCAGAGAAAAAUUUAUUACACUGCUGAAAUCGCUGAAAACGCACGAUACCUCACUGAGCGAUACAUAUCAACGUCUGUUCACCGACGCGCUUAUGAUUCAUUACAAUUACGACGGCAUCUCCCCCAAGUACAACAAACGGCCGCUGAAGAGUCUUUCCAUUUUCACCGACUGCAUGCCAGCUGCCUGGAGUGACCACAUGGAUGGCAAUAUGGUACGCGAAGCAAUAAUCGAGGCUGUGAAAAAAUCUCACAACCGUUACAAUCAAUGCAGUCACCGCAAACGAGCAAGGCAAGUAUAAUGUGGACCACAGUUGAUAUGCAAACUAUUUUCUAACCUUUCCUAUAUUCUAGCUAUGAAUGGUUAUAGCUGAUGAUACCGCACUAGCAAAUGCAGAACACGGUCUCCAACGAAGACCUGUCCCAACACAUAGGUACCGAAAAUAUAUCACGAUGCUAGAAGCAAUCAGUAGUGAUCUAUUACACGAGAGUAGAUAAUUUUUACGAAAAUGAUACAUAAUAUAAUUCUAUAUAUUGCAAGCAUUUGAUUGAAUUGCCAAACAUAUAAACUAUAAAUAGCGAAAUACCGACAAACGAUGGUGGUAGUUACGUUUUAAACAUUCUCGACUUUUGAAUCAGUUGAUAAUAUUCAAAAAUUGAAUAAAACAGGCAUAAAACAACGUGGCCCAACACACAGUAAUGGAAAUGAUAGCUUUCACAGAGAGAUACUGAAAAUAAAAGUAGCCGAGACAUUCCACUAGAACGAAUGCAGCGAAUUUGUAGCACGAACUAGCGCAAUUAAAUAAGAUAUCUACAAACUAUAAGCAGAAAAGAAAACACGUUCCAGAUAAGGGCUCUUAAGCAGCAAACUAACCAAAUCUAAAAGAUAAUUCGUUACAGCAGAGGAAAAGUAAAAAUUGUUGGUAAAUUACUCGUAAUGUUUAUUUUUUUACCUAGCCAACCGUUGUGAACUAUUUUGUACUAGCAGUUUGUACCAACCCAAAUCAGAUAACAUCUUUUCAAUUCGUCAUAAUUGCCCAUAGAAUAAACUUGAAGCAUAUUACACAGUUAUCGUCAUACUUAGAACUCGAAGGAAUAUUUUAUCCCCAUGGCAGUGCAAACUGAACAAACAUAAAUUUCAUCAAGGCAAGGAGCAUGAUCAAUGCAAUAAACGUUAAUACAAACAUUCAUAGGAAAAUACUUGUAACGAAGCAUUUGAGCAAAAUAAAGUUUUAACUAUU